AUGUGGACACUACGCUACGCCACUUGCCGCAUCCUGGUGCAGCGGCCUUUUCAUUGUCGCACAUUAACUGCUGCGGCAAUUGCACAGGGUAAAGUUCCGAUUAAUAAUCUCUUUAUAACGUCAACAGAAGUGGCCAAGAAGACGGCACCUGUGCUUAUUGGUCUAGCGAAUACUUUGGAGCAGAAAUUUGCCAAAGUUGGAUACUUUCGACCUAUUCAACCAGGACCGGAAUCUAGUUUAUCUGAUCAUCAUGUCGAGGUCAUGCGUGAUCAAUUGGGGCUUCACAAGGACGUCAAACAGCUCUAUGGCGUGACCAGUGAACGUGCUAUUGAGUGUUUGCUGCACAGCAAACAGGACGAUCUGAUUGAGGAGAUUUUGGAUCGUUACGAGCAAUGUCGAGAAGGUUAUGACUUUAUGAUCAUUGAAGGAUCUCAAAUCUCCAAUCAUGAAAGUGCUAUGAGCUGGAAAAUAAAUGUGGACAUUGCUAAAGCCAUUGGCGCUCCUGUGCUGACUAUCUCAGACUUUAGUGAGUCAACAAACACUAAUGGGGAGCUCAUUGAAGAACUAUUGGCUCGUACGGCACUAAAUGCUGAUCAGGUCGAACGCGCUGGUCUUAAUUUCAUUGGUAAUAUUGCCAACCGAGUCAAUGCCAAGGAUCCUAAAACUCUGCGCCAAGCGUUGCGCACUAAGAUGAGCGAGAAGAAUUUGCCGUUCCUGGGAUUCUUGCCUAACGACGACUUUAUUGCUUCGAAACGUCUGAACGAGGUGUCGCACCAGCUUGGAGCGAAGCAGCUCUUUGGCACGAAAGCCAUUCCAAAUAAUGUCGUGGUGACGUCGGCGGUAGUAGCUACAAGUGCCUUGAAGGAUUUGUUCUCGCAUUUGAAGAAGUACAAGGAUGGUGCUUUGGUGAUUACGUCGGCAGACCGCUCGGACAUUAUGCUUGGUCUGAUGGCUUCGCGUUUGCCUGGCAUCCUGCCAAACGUGUCUGCCAUUGUAUUGACAAACGGCAGCUAUCCGCACAGCAAUACGCAAGAGAUUUUGAAGGGUGUCGAGGCUCUUGACAAGACGGGUCUCUCGAUUCCAAUCUUUUCUGUGCCCGAGGACACGUUCACGACGGCUCAAAAGUUUUCAAAGGUGUCGACAGACAUCUUACCCACGAGUCAGCUCAAAAUUGAUCGAUCUAAGCAGCUCUUUGACGAGUUCAUUGAGAAGGAGAAUCUCAUAGGUGAGCUAAACGAGGGUAUGGUGGUAAACCGUUCUCCUAAACAGUUUCAGCACUUUUUGUUUUCCAAGUCGCGCGCUGUCCAGCGUCACAUUGUGUUAACGGAGGGUGAAGACAUUCGCGUGCUCCAAGCUGCCGACCAAGUGCUGCGUCAGAAAUUGUCAAAGCUAACGAUACUUGGCAAUCCCGACGACAUUCACCGCCACGCCAAGUCACUAAACUUAGAUUUGUCGCAUGCUAACAUUGUGCACACGGCAGACAGCGACUUACUUGAGAAGUAUGUUGACUCAUACUAUCAGAAGCGCAAACACAAGGGUGUGACCCGCGAGACAGCCCGUGAUGCCGUGCUGGAAGAAACGUGCUUCGGCACAAUGAUGGUUGAGAUGGGUGAUGCUGACGGUAUGGUGUCGGGUGCCUGCCACACCACUGCGAACACUAUCCGCCCUGCACUGCAGCUUAUCAAAACGAUGCCAAACCGUCCCAUUGUAUCAAGCAUCUUUUUCAUGUGUCUUGAAGAUGGCGUGCGAAUCUACGGCGAUUGCGCCGUCAACACGGACCCGAACGCACAGGACCUUGCACAGAUUGCCGUGACGAGCGCUGAAAGCGCAGAGGCAUUUGGUCUGAUUCCAAAGGUGGCGCUGCUGUCGUACGCGACAGGUGACUCGAACUCUGGCCCAAUUGUUGACAAGGUACGUGAGGCGACAGAGAUUGCACAGAAGUUGCGUCCAGACCUGGACAUCUACGGUCCAAUUCAGUACGAUGCUGCUGUGGACGAGUCAAUUGCAAAGACGAAGCUGAAGGCGAUUCCUAGCGGUGCUAAGGUUGGCGGCCAAGCGAAUGUGCUGAUCUUCCCUGAUCUGAAUACGGGUAACAACACGUACAAAGCUGUGCAGCAGAGCACUGGUUGCAUUGCGAUGGGUCCGAUGCUACAGGGUCUGCGAAAACCUGUGAAUGAUCUGAGCCGUGGAGCAACAGUGAAGGACAUCGUGACGACUGUGGCGAUCACUGCAAUCCAGGCAGACCAGGUGAUUCGGACCCGCAAGGACCAUACUGCUGCAGCCAAGUACUAA